UCCCUACUCGCCCUUCCCUUUCCCUUUUCACCGCCGGCCUGGUACGGCAAGCACACGCUGCUGGGCCCAGCUCCUGUCCGAACUCCCUUUCCCGCCCUCGGUCAAGAUGCGUUACGUUGCGGCUUACCUGCUGGCCAUCCUUGGGGGCAACGAGUCCCCCACGUCAAAGGACUUGAAGAAGAUCCUGGACAGCGUAGGCAUUGAGACUGAUGAUGAACGCGUGAACAAGGUUAUCAGUGAGCUGAAUGGAAAAAACAUAGAAGAUGUCAUUGCUCAGGGUAACAGCAAGCUUGCCAGCAUGCCAGCUGGUGGAGCUGUAGCAGUUGCAGCUGGUGCAGGGUCAGCUGCUCCAGCUGGAGGCGCUGCUCCUGCUGCUGCUGAGGAGAAGAAAGAAGAGAAGAAGGAAGAAUCUGAGGAAUCUGACGAUGACAUGGGAUUUGGCCUGUUUGACUAAAUUUUUUGCUAUUGAAAAUUAUUAAAAACCAUUUCUUUUAAAA